UUUAAUUUAGUUUCAAAUCUAAUCUAAAGCGACGAACAACAUGAAAUUAAUUUUUGCUUUUGUCUUUUCGCUGGUCAUUGUGGCUUUUGCUCAAGCUGGUGUCUUUACUGAGCGAUCUUUUCGUGAUGACAAACAUCCGGGCAAAUGUGUGGUACAAGGCAAAGUUGUGAGUCCUGGCCAAAGUAUAAAACAUCCCACUAUGGAUUGUACCGAAUUCAGCUGUGACAAUGCCAAUGGCAUGGCAACAAUUGAAACCUGUGAUCCGAUAUCUGCUCUAGCAUCACCUUUGGGAAAACUAAAAGAUUAUGACCGUGCACAUCCACCCACAUGCACAUGGGGUGACUUUAAGGAUACAAAGGCACCAUUUCCGCAAUGCUGUGAACGUCAUUUCACAUGUGUGUUCUAGGAAUCAGCUUUGCGGGCUGGAAGGAAUGUGUAGCGGGGUGUGAUGAUAAUUAAAAUGGUGCUAGAAUGUACGCGUUUAUAACAAUGUAAUAAAGUUAAACAUUUAAGUGAAAAAACUA